AUGAGAGAUUUUCGAAAAUCACCAGAUGGCGCUGAGAUAUCCUUCACCUGUGCUGGAUGGUGUGCAAGAUGUGGACCAACGUCAGGAUCCAUUAUAUUCAAAGUGUCAAACGAAUUCAGUGAAAUUGCCCUACGACAGGUACAACUAAGACUUGACCUCAUUGAACCGUCAUUAGCGAUCUGGUCUGGUUCUAAUUACCCUCUGACAUGGUGUGGACUGAAGUGUUUACAGAGCAGUGACUGUGUGUCUUUACUGUAUAACUCUACAGAUAAGUCCUGUAAGCUUUUUCAGGUGAUUUACAACGUGGAGGAAGGAGGGGGUGACAAUGUAAAAUAUUAUAUACUGGAUAAAGGCAGUACCCGCAGGGUACCAGAAUCAUGUCAGGAUAUCGCUUCCAGUACAGGAAUUACGACGGAUGGCGAGUACUGGAUUUAUCCUCGAGCAACGAACAGAAAAAGAGUGAAGAUAUUUUGUUACAACAUGGCAUCUAAUCCAUCUGAAUAUAUAACUUUGGGGAAUCUGAAUUCCUUUAUUCAACACGAUCAAUCGAACUGGCCAAUUAAGGGGAAACAGUGUCAGUCUAGUUACAAACUACCAUUAAAGAGGGUAAAUUUCAACAAAGUUGGAAUAAAAAUUCAGAAUAUGGAAGUCAAUGGAUUAGACUACACCUUUACAUUGCUGACUGGCACGCCUACGGUACCGUAUGGAGAAAUAAGAGAUUGCAAUGGUGAAGCAUUUCGGAACCCCUGUCCACAUUUCGCAAAUGCAACCAUAAACACCAAAGGAACAGGGCUGGUUAUUGACCCCUCUCUAUCGUGGGAAACACUUGCUGGCAGUCACACGGAGCUAAGAGAUUUUCAAAAAUCAACAGAUGAUUCCGAGAUUUCCUUUACCUGUGCAGGAUGGUGUGCAAGGUGUGGACCAAAGUCAGGACCCAUUACAUUUCAAGUGUCAAACGAAUUUAUAUCAGCUGCAAAUGCUCAAGCUGUGAUCUGUAAUAACUGA